AUGGAAAGAAUUAGUGAAACUGGAGGUGUGAGCGAUGCUUCAUCAUCAAAUGACAAUAAACCGACGGAUAACAAGUCAUUUGCAGGACGUGAAUCUGUGUAUAAAUUCGACUCAACCGCAUUGGAAAGGGCUGCAACUGCUGCUAAAGUUUUAGAGCGUUCACAAUAUGCCACUCAAGCAUUUGACGUCGUUAGAUUACAAGAACAAACGAAACAGUUAGAAAUUCAAAAACAAAUGAAAGAAUAUUCACAACAUGAAGAAGCAAUUCGUUUUCAACAUCAACGUCAGUUAAAUGAAGAAAAACGUCGUACGAUGGAAAUAGAAACCCAGAAAGCAAACGAACGUGCACGAUUUCAAGAUCAGUUAGCUCGAAAACGAAUGCAAGAUCAGCAGUAUGAGCAGGCACGUGUAAAAGAAGAAGAAAGAAGACGGCAAGAAGAAUCUGUAGAAAAGCAAGAAAACACACGACAACGAUCGAUCGAAUAUGCUGAACAAGUGCGGCACCAAUACGAAAUGAAACGUUUAGAAGCCGAAUUAAAAGGAAAAGCGCAAAUUGAACGUGAAAAUCGUGAACUUUACCUCGAACAAAUUAAAUUAAAAGCAGAACAAGAACGUAAAACCGUAUUAGAAGGUAUAAAAACAGCUGGUAGUGUAGUGGGACAAGGAAUAACAACAUUGCUUGAAAGUCCGUCAAAAGUUCUUCUUGCAGCUGGAGGUAUUACAUUGUUGGCAUUAGGUAUUUACACGACAAGAGGUGGCACGCAAACAGCUGUGAAAUAUAUCGAGUCUCGAUUAGGCAAACCACCAUUGAUACGUGAAACAUCGCGAACAACAUUUCUUACACCAUUUCGUGCACCAUUCAAAACAAUAAGACAUUAUUUUACAAAAGCAGAAGAUUCAUUAAAAGGUGUUGUGUUAGAUCCAAUGUUAGAAUCACAUUUGAGAGAAAUAGCAAUAGCAACACGUUUCACGAAGAAAAAUCGUGGCCUAUUUCGAAAUUUAUUAAUGCAUGGACCACCAGGAACUGGGAAAACAUUAUUCGCUAAAAAACUAGCUGCACAUUCUGGGCUUGAUUAUGCGAUAAUGACGGGCGGUGAUGUGGCUCCAUUGGGUCGGGAUGCAGUUACAGCUAUUCACAAAGUAUUCGAUUGGUCACAAACAAGUAGACGUGGACUGUUAUUAUUUAUUGACGAAGCCGAUGCAUUUCUGAAAAAACGUGCCACAGAAAAAAUUAGUGAAGAUAUGCGCGCAGCAUUGAACGCAUUUCUAUAUAGAACUGGUGAACAAUCAACUCGUUUCAUGAUGGUAUUAGCCAGUAAUGAACCCGAGCAGUUUGAUUGGGCUGUGAAUGAUCGACUUGAUGAAAUGGUGCAAUUUAAUUUACCCAGUAUAGAAGAACGUCGGCGUAUGACAUACUUAUACUUUGAUAGUUAUAUAUUACAGUCAGCUGAACGAAAACGCAAAAUCAAAAUUGAUUCAUUUGAUUUCGAGAAAAAAUGUGAAGAAUUAGCACAAAAAACGGAUGGAUUUUCUGGACGUGAAAUAGCAAAAUUACUAGCGGCAUGUCAAGCAACUGCAUAUGCAUCUGAAGAUGGAACAUUAACAGAAGCAAUGAUUGACACAAAAUUACGUUAUGCAUUAGACAGUCAUGUUAAAAAAGUUGCUUGGAGAGCAGAAGAAGAGCGAUAA